CUCCGGGUGCCCCGCGGUCCCCACUAAGCGGAGGGCAGCCUGCCUGGCCCCUUUAUUUCCUCGCACUCCUGUUCCAUUUUGCGUUUCCGGACGCAGCAGAAGAACCAUCUGUGUAGCCGCCGCGGCUCAGCAAAGCAUUUAGGUGGAACUCUCAAGAUGCUGCGUCAGCGGCCCCCAUUAACGUCCUUUCCCAGCACAGCGUGCCUUUUUCAUGCUUUCCUCUGUCUUUGGAAAACGAACGGUGCCCGAGGACUAUUUUUGACCCUCCAAGACUCAGGAGGAUGAAAGUCAUCACUUGCGAAAUAGCCUGGCACAACAAGGAGCCGGUGUACAGCCUGGACUUCCAGCACGGCGCAGCCGGGAGGAUCCACAGACUGGCUUCCGCCGGGGUGGACACCGCCGUUAGGAUCUGGAAGGUAGAAAAAGGACCAGAUGGAAAGGCCAUUGUUGAAUUUUUGUCCAAUCUUCUUCGCCAUACCAAAGCUGUCAAUGUUGUGCGUUUUUCUCCGAAUGGAGAGAUUUUAGCAUCAGGAGGAGAUGAUGCUGUCAUCCUGUUGUGGAAGGUGAAUGACAACAAGGAGCCAGAACAGAUUGCUUUUCAGGACGAGGAUGAGACUCAGCUGAAUAAGGAGAACUGGACCGUGGUAAAAACCCUGAGGGGCCACCUAGAAGACGUGUAUGAUAUUUGCUGGGCAGCCGAUGGGAAUUUCAUGGCUUCUGCGUCUGUGGAUAACACGGCCAUCAUAUGGGACGUCAGUAAAGGACAAAAGAUCUCAAUUUUUAAUGAACAUAAAAGUUAUGUACAAGGAGUCACCUGGGAUCCUUUGGGUCAGUAUGUGGCCACCCUGAGCUGUGACAGGAUCCUGAGGGUGUACAGCAUACAGAAGAAACGUGUGGCUUUUAAUGUUUCAAAGAUGCUGUCUGGAAUAGGGGCUGAAGGAGAGGCAAGAAGUUAUCGGAUGUUUCACGAUGACAGCAUGAAGUCAUUCUUCCGUAGACUUAGUUUUACUCCUGAUGGAUCUUUGCUUCUCACACCAGCCGGAUGCGUGGAAUCUGGUGAAAAUGUAACGAACACAACUUAUAUUUUCCCCAGGAGAAAUCUUAAAAGGCCUGUUGCUCAUCUCCCCUGUCCCGGCAAGGCGACGCUUGCUGUCCGCUGCUGUCCCGUCUACUUUGAGCUGAGGCCGGCGGUGGAAACAGACGGACAGUCACAAGAGCAGGGACCGGAGCUGGUGCACCUGCCCUACCGCCUGGUGUUCGCAGUGGCUUCUGAAGACUCCGUGCUCUUUUACGACACCCAGCAGCUCUUCCCUUUCGGUUACGUGUCUAACAUACAUUACCACACGCUGAGUGACAUCUCCUGGUCCAGCGAUGGGGCCUUCCUGGCCAUUUCUUCCACGGAUGGUUAUUGUUCAUUCGUGACGUUUGAGAAGGAUGAACUUGGAAUACCUUUGAAAGAGAAGCCAGAUCUGAGUGUGAGAACUGAUCCAGCAAAGAAAACUAAGAAUCAGACACACCAAGGGUCCUCGCCGGGACCCAGACCUGGAGAGGGAACGCCCACUAGCAGAAUCCACGACCCCAGCAGUCCCUGUGAGACGCCCCCUCAGGCGAAACAGUCCCCCACCCCAGCAGUGGCCAAGGACACGCCCUCGACUGCCAAAGACACGCCCUCAUCUGCCAAGGACACGCCCUCGACUGCCAAGGACACGCCCUCGACUGCUGCUGCUGCUGCCAGAAGCUCGGCGCCUGGGCCUUCAGAGGAGAAGAAGGCCCUGCAGCCCAGCAGUCAAAACACGAAAGCCCACCCGUCCCGGAGGGUCACUCUGCACACCCUGCAGGCCUGGAGCAAGACGACACCCCGGAGAAUAAACUUAAUACCCUUGAAGACAGAUACGUCGCCGAAUUCUAUACCAGCCAGUGUGAAUUCUGCCCCUUCCACAGAAGAAAUCCAGUCAGAAACGCCUGGGGACCCUCAGGGCAGUCCUCUGGAGCUCAAGCGGCCCAGACUCGGCGACAACGAAGGAAGCACCCAAGGUCUGGACCCUUGACGAGCCUCGUCUUGCACUUGAAGGCUGCCAGGUCUGGGGACCUGCACAUGCACAGGGAAGGGGCGAGGCUGAGGACCCCAGACCAGGGGCACGAGACGGAGCCCGACGGAUGCUAGGAACCUGCUUCUGAACAGAAGACACACAUGGACUGGCUUUUCUCCAGAAAUACGUUUGCUCUUGUAUUCGGUAUACAAUUUUACCCUGGAGAUGUGAACAUUUCAGUAGACCAAAUCCUCUUUUUGAUGAAUUUCUGAAACUGGAGCAGUUCAACAUUAUCUGGUGUGAAAAUAAGUCCGUCCUCUCUUGACCUACUUCUGUGAAAGUGCCAGCACUUCAUGGGUGGACUCCUAAAUAUAGCUGGAAUUGGAAAUAAUUUGUGAAGCUUUAUUCUGUGGAAUAUUAAGAGUGUUUGAAUGGUUAUUAGCUUUAGCAUCUAAAUAGUUGAUUAAUUUUUGGAAGUGUGUUAUAUUUGCUUUCUAAUUUUAAAGGUAAUAAUGCUCAUUCUAGAAAGCUGGUAAACUAGAGUGAAGCAGGAAAAGCGGGGUGCAGGUGGGAGUCCCCAACGCCUCACCCCCAGCUGGAACCCUUGUCCGUUUUGGCAUAUUUCCUUCUUUGCGCUUUCGUUUCGUUUCGUUUUGUUUCUUAGGGAGAGAGUUGAGAGUUUCCUUUCGAAACAGUUUGGUAUCCAAAUAGGUUAACUGUUUAGAUUGAAUUUUUAAAGCAAAAAAGUGACUUAGCAGUUUACACCUCUGCCUUUGCUUUCUCCGCCCCUGGGACGAUGACAUGUUCUCUUUCUGUUGGGAGGAGACUCUAAAGUACAAUUUUUGCUGCAGGAAACAGUCAAGCGAGGAAUCUUCUCUUAGCUCAGGAGACACCGGGUGGGGUGACUGAGAGGUGGCUAGUGUGGCACCUGGGCGGAACCCCACUUUUUAGAAGCUGGUGCAGCUGCUUCACAUUGAGAAGGGGUGUUACAGUUGAAUGGCAUACUGCUCGACGUCUGUCACUUUGGCAUAAUGAACACGAAGCCACGCCACUGAGGGCGUUCCCUACCUGACAGCCAGCAGCAGCAAGGGAAGCGCUCAGACCCGCCCACCAAUCCUCUGACGGGAAUCCUGACCAGGGGGAGAAUGUGCUCUUUUUAGCUCAAAGCCUCAGCAACAAAGAAAAUAACCAGAAAAAUGCAUCAGUCUGUUGCUCAAUCCGCAACCUAGUUAACCAGAAAAAGAACCGCCUCCUUUUUAGAUGUGAAAGCGGCAAAUAGGAAUAAUUGGCAGAGACUUGGACUGUGAGUGUGUGCAGAGUUGUAACGCACGUGUGGGCCACAUUCAGUGUGAAGAUAUUUUAAACCGUCAGGUAGUAUCUGUUGUGACCAGCGGUUCUCAACCUUAGCUGCACAUUGAAAUCACUCAAGCUGGCAAAAAUAUGGACACCUGGGUCCCUGCUCCAGAGGGUCUGGAUCGGCUGGGGCGUCGUCUGAACAUCGGGAUUCUUUCAGGCUCCCUGAGUGAUUCCGAGGCGUGGCCAAGACUAGGAAGUCAAGAGAAAAAGCUUUCCAUGGACAUGUCUCUUCUGGUAAAUGCAUUUUGACUGAAAGCUUUUUCUUCCUCAUGCUCUGGUUCAUCACUGACUUACAGAAAAGCUUCUUUGCCAGGGCUGUCAAUCCUAAAGGAUGACGUGUGGGAGAUGCCAUCAGGUCUUCAGAGAAAAAACAUGGUCUUAGACUUCCGCGGCUGACCGAGGUGUAUCUUGUAGUCGUUGAUCCCUGUGCACAGAGGAGUGAUUGUGGGUCCUGUGUUCUCGGUGACUGGGCCUCCUUUCCAGGCCAUACCCGCGGAGGAGCCGGAUUCGGGUCUGUCUCUUGUGCCCCAGUAAUGGGGGUCCGCGUGCAGAGGCCACCCUCGGCCUGAAGUAAGUGUUUAGAGGCAUGACUAAUUGCCUGUUUGUCAGCUGUCACCUUGAAUAUAAAGUACAGAAUCGCAAUAAAAACCCAGCCAUUA